CCUAACCUAACCUUCUUCACAACACGUGAAAAAGAAAACAAUUUUGUAUCAUUUAUUGGUGUCAUUUUCUAUAGAGACGAAAACAAUUAUAAAAUUACAGGAUUAUUUUAAUUUAUUAAUUAAAGUGAUAUAAAAAUAUAUAAUAAUGUUUGUCACAAGAAGAUUGACAGUUUUGUGUACGCAUUUAAAACAAAAUUUGCAACGAAAUUUGACAUCAGAAGCUCCUGCUGCUUCAAAUUUAUCGAUUUCAAAACCUGAAGAAGAAAAAACAAUAUUAGUAGAGGUGGACAAUGAAUUAAUGACAAUUGGCAUAAAUCGGCCUAGACGAAAAAAUAGUCUCGAUUUUUCAACAGCACAAUAUCUCUCUGAAGCUUUAGAUGCAUUUGAAGAAAAUAAAAAUGUCAAAGUUGGCAUUCUUUAUGGGACAAAUGGCAAUUUUUGUGCCGGUUAUGAUCUUCAUGAAAUUGCAAAACACAAUGAAACAUCUGAUAAUCAAUUGCCACAAUUUUCAUCCUUGAGUAGUAGAGAUAGUCUCGUUAAAAAACCACUUAUUGCUGCCGUUGAGGGUUUUGCACUUGAUGUGGGACUUGAACUUGCUUUAAUGUGCGAUUUAAGAUUAAUUGAUGAAACAGCGUCUCUUGGUUUUUCGAAUAGAAGAUUUGGAAUACCAAUUAUGUGUGGAGGAACUGUGAGACUUCCAAAACUUAUUGGAUAUUCCCGUGCGAUGGAUAUGAUUUUAACUGGUCGUUUUAUUGAUGCAAAAGAAGCUUUUGAAUUUGGACUCGCCAAUCGUAUUGUCAGUUGCGGAUGUGCUGUAGGUGAAUCUGCCGUCUUGGCGAGUAAACUGACCUAUCAUCCACAAGAGGCAAUGCUCGCUGAUCGUUUGUCCGCUCACCACGCGACAUUUUCUGCUAUUCACACAGAUGAGGCAUUACAAUUUGAAAAAGACUGCGCAUCAAAUCCUUUAUUCAAUGAAGGUGUUCGUGAUGCAAAGAAAUUCUCCGAAGAAGGUCUUGGAAGACAUGGAAAAAUUGUCAAUUUUUUUAAAAAGAAUAUAGUGAAAGAUAUUAGCGACGAUUUAUUAUGAAAAAAAAAAAUUCUUUAAUAUUAUUUUAUAAAAUUUAUAUUCGAAAUUGAAAAAAAAUCAAGAAAUUGAUAAUUAAAAAUCGAAAAAAAGAUUUUAAAUCCACUUUGGAAAAUUGGCAUCAAAAUUGAAAGUCGAGAGGAGAAAACUGAUCAUUAGAAAAUAAGCGACAAUUGAAAUGAAUUUCACAGACUAGUUGAUCUCGAAUUGAAAUGAAAUUUCAUUAUUUCGAAAAUUGGAAACCAUUAUCAUUAUAUUAAAAAUAGCGAAAAAAAAAAAUUAUUUAUUUUUUUCUUUUUUGAAAGAAAUGAAAAUAGAAAAAUUUUAUUCUAUAGAAUUUAUCCUAGUUUUUAUAUAGUCAAUUUUCUAGUUCACUGAAUUUUCAUUUAAUUUAGAUAGAAUUUUUAUUUUUGAAAAAUUUUUCUGAAAUAUUUCUUUUAAAUAUUUCGUUAUAUAUGAAAAUUUAAUCAAAUAAAAAUUCAUAGUGAAUAAAAAGUAUUUUUUUAUUUUUUAAA